CCGCCAACGGCCACCACAAUAAAAGCUCCCUCCGAACUCUGUAACCAACAAAUCACCCUCCAAAAAUAAUAUAACCCCAACAAUGUCCUUCGCAGCAGCAAACAAACGCCUCCUAAAAGAAUACAAAGCCCUGCUGAAGGAAUCCCCGGAAGGCAUCGCCGCCGGGCCCAUCGACGAAUCCAACCUCUUCGAAUGGGAAUGCUUAAUCCAAGGUCCGGAGGAGACUCCAUUCGAAGGCGGGGUUUUUCCCGCUACGCUCAGUUUUCCAAAGGACUACCCCCUUAAUCCUCCCAAGAUGAAAUUCACCUGCGAAAUGUUCCAUCCGAAUGUGUACAAGGACGGCACCGUGUGCAUCUCAAUACUACACUCUCCCGGUGACGACCCGAACCAGUAUGAGGAUGCCAGCGAGCGUUGGUCGCCAAUACAGAGUGUUGAGAAGAUACUCAUCAGCGUCAUGAGCAUGCUUGCAGAGCCGAACGACGAGAGCGGCGCGAAUAUUGACGCUUCCAAGAUUUGGAGGGAUGACCGAAAGGAGUAUGAGAAGAGGGUUAGGGCUUGUGCGAGGAGGGCAUUGGGGCUUUUUUAAUGUUUUCCAUUUUUCAUCUGCUUUGUGGGGUUGUCGUAGUAGAGUGGGUGGGGAUGGGGGAAGAGUGAAGAAAUGCUGAGCGGCAUGGAUGGGUGUAACGGAAUAACAAGGGAAUUGGGGAGUUUUUCCUUCUUUUUCUACCGGAGGCAUUGGUUAUCUGUAUGCUCGAUGGGAUGGGGCAAUACAAUUAAUAACAAUUCUUCUGCG